UUUUCAAGAUGGCGGACGCUUCAACAGUACAUCGAAAGUAUUUAAAAGCAGCUGUGUGCGCUGUUUGUUCUGAAAAAGGCUACGAUUCCGUUACCAGGCUUGCCAUUGAGACAUUGACUGAAAUGAUACAAAGUUUCAUAUGUGAAACUGGUCGUAGUUCACUGAGCAUAUGUGAAUUGUCAGGCAGAUCAAAACCGACAUUAAAUGACGUUAAAUUGGCUUUAAUAGAAAUGGGUCUUCAUGUGGAUGAAUUAAACAAGAAUGUACCAAGAUCAACAAAGACUCUCAUACCUCGACCAUCUUUAACUCGACCAGUACAUCAACAAAAACCACUUCAAUCAGGAACAAAAGAAAGUCGACCUUCUCAUGUUCCCAACUAUCUGCCUUCAUUUCCAGAUCCACAUUCUUAUGUUAAAACUUUGACAUUUCGUAAAGAGGCUGAUGAGUAUCAGAAAUGCAGAGAAAAAUAUGCUUCUAUGUGUCGCAGUGUUGAAUCUGGUCUUGCAAAAUUUUUAUCAAAGACUUCAAUAUCUGAAGCAAUCGUGAAGAAUUGUACCAAUCCAAAUGAUUUCUUACUAAUCCUAAAUGAGCCAAAUCAUUUAUCUUAUCUCACGGCCCUUAUACCAAACCCUGAAGACACUAUCAUUACUCCCAAAAUGGAGAAACAAUCCCAGGAUUCUGAUGAAAAUUACAACGAGAGAGCAAGUUCUACUCAAGAAUCAUCUGAAACAGAAAAUCCAUUUCUUAGACCUCCAAAGAGACAAAAAACUCAAGAACAUCCUUCAUCAAGUUUUCAUUGAUUGAAUUUCAUUUUAUGGUCAUUAUUGUAAGUAAAAUAGGUGUUCUUUAUAUUGUUUUAUUACUUUUGAAAAUUUUUUA